CUUUUUCUUCAACAUCAUACCUACUCACAGUGUGGCAGUGGCGGGCUAAUGCCAACCGCUCAUCUACCAUGGAGGCCCUUCCUACGGAACUGAUACACCAUAUUUGCACUCAUGUCUGCGACCAUUGCCAGCUCCCAGGUUCGUUUCCUCACGCCGAGAGUUGGGGCGUGCGUCGGAGAAAAGCAGCACUGGCCAACCUGUCGGCAGCCUCGUCACGGCUCCGUGCCAUCGCGCAGCCCUUGCUCUUCCAUUAUUUCGCGACGGGAAACAUGGCACCUUAUGGUUACCGGCCUGACGAAAGCCACGUGGGACUGACCCUGGAAUUCGCUGAAAGAGCCAAAAAGUUGCCUCUUUUCAUCCGCAGCGCUAUACAACGCCCCGGCCUCGCUGCCAAGGUGAAGGCUCUGCAGCUCGUCGAAUUUGGUACCACUACGGCCUUUGCUUCCGGCAAGAUCGGCGACGACUCCAACGAGAUGGACGUUCUGGCGGGCUGCAUGGGGCCCAUACUCGAGAAGACGCGCCGUGCUCUGCCCAACGAAAGUCGGAGAGAUUCUGCCUCCUGGAAGUGGGUCAUUGAUCAGUGGUCGGAUGAGAGACUGAGCGUCGCUCGCGACUACUCCGGGUAUGACUUCUUGGAAAUUUCAAGUUGCAAUGGACCCCUUACAUCGCUCAAGAGCAUCGCUUUGCUCCCUUGGACCGGUUACUUCCAUAUUUACGAGGCAAAAGCACUCUUCGCCGCCGCCCCGAAUCUUGAGACUUUGUACGCCUUUGAUUGCGGCUUCAAAGAGCCUGGUUACUCUCCAUACUGUGGCGUCCCAUUCGAUCUAAGCCUGGGGAAUCUGCAAAAGUUGGUUAUCGGCAACCUUGAAUUCGCCGACUUGGAAGCGCUGCUCCCCGCAUGUCCUCAACUACAGGAACUCCAGUACGUCCGUGCAGAGGAUGAGUGGGACGGCGACCAAGACAUGGAGGCGCUGGAAGUUUUGAUGCCGGUUCAGAAAACGCUACGCGCGCUGAAGAUCAAGUCCACCCACUGGGAAAAAGAUAGCGCCUAUCUUACGACAAUCAAGUCCCUCAAGGGCUUCAUUGCGCUGGAGGAAUUAGUCAUUGAGCAAGCUGCCAUCCUGGAUGACGCGAGGGUGGUGGAUUGGCUGCCACCGUCAGUUAAACGUGUGCACUUUCGAGAUGUCACCAAAGUAUCUUCAUUAAUGGACCACCUGAGCCUCGUGGCCUCGGAAGCCCCCACGAAGCUACUAAAAUUGCAACAUAUCCGCAUUAGCCCGUGGUAUUUUUCUGAUGGGAAUGGAACCGGUCUUUCCUGGAUAGCUUCGGUGGACAACGUCACGGCCGCGUUCAGUCAGGCCGGGAUUACGGUUGAGCACGUUGACCCAAGGAUCGGCGAGCAAGAGCCAUGGCUGGAUUUGGUCUACCCUGGGCUGGUAGGGAAGAUUCAAGACUAUAAUUAUUUUUGAUGAUGGAUUACAAUAGGAACAUCGUGGACUAGGAUCGGCAAUGGUCUUUCUCCUU